UGCAGCAGCAGCAGCAGCAGCAGCAGCAUGAUGCGAGUCGUCCUGCUAGUUUUGGCUCUCCCGGCAGUCUGCAAUGGCAUCCUCCCUGAGAUAGUGGACUCUGGCAUCAGUCACAUCCUGGAGGAUGAUUCCGCACAGAGACAAUCGGAGCUGGACCGCAUGUUUGUGGAAGUGGAGCAGCUGCCAGAGGAUCCGCAGCAAAAGCCUGAGGAUGCGUUUCACCAGAGCAACAACGAGAGUGUGAGUCCCAGCCCUCAUCCCAGUAACCCUCCUCCAAGUCAUCAAAAUGAAACUGCCUCUGAUAAAGUGACUGAUAACGAAUCCGUCCACACCUCAGCAGAACAGGAGACAAACAACAUCACAGCAGCCGUCCGGUCCAGUGACCUGGGGAACAAUAUUGAUCAUGGAUGCAUCAGUGAUGGGGACUGUGGGAAGGGACGGUAUUGUCUUCAUGACAAACGUGACUCUAAGUGUCUGCCUUGCAAAGCAAUAGAUGUGUCAUGCACUAAGGAUAAGGAGUGCUGUGGUGAACAGCUGUGUGUCUGGGGUCAGUGCAGUCUGAAUGCAACUAAAGGAGAAGCUGGCAGCACCUGUCAGUACCAGACAGACUGCAGCCCGGACCUCUGCUGUCUUUUCCACAAAGCCCUGCUCUUCCCCGUCUGCUCAGCCAAGCCUAUUGAGCGUGAGCGCUGCCUCGGUGCCUCCAACCACCUGUUGGAGCUGUUGUCCUGGGACAUUCAGGACGAGGGACCCAGGAAACAUUGCCCCUGUGCAGGAGGUCUCCACUGCCAGCACCUGGGGCGAGGGUCCAUGUGCCUUAAAGGAGAAGACUCGAGUGAAGAGGACCUGACAGACAGUCUAUACUCAGAGAUAGACUACAUAAUAUAGAAUCAUUUUGAUUUGACUCACAUUGCCUCGUAAACAGCUGAACAGGGGUCUCCUCUGACUCCAGAGCGCUUCUGCACAGAGCCACAGUACUUUCUGUUCGCCAGCUUACUCCAAAGUGGUUAAGCUAAACAGCAUGGAAAAUGGAUGAAAAUAUAUUUAUUUUAUUUGCUGUAAUUGUGACCUGAGGUUCACACCCUUUAAAGGUUUCUGAAAAUGUAGCUAUAAAAGUCACUAACAAAAAAAAAAACCCCAGGAAACACUAUAUGUGUCCUCUGUUGACACUAAAACUGGUUUCUUGACUAUUUGCUGCAUCUAUAUAUUGUGAUACAACUCUAACCUUUAUUUAAUGCCAAUAAUGCUAAAAAUAACAUUAACACAUUGUAGCAACUCUAGACACUUAAGUAUCCAGCCAGAUACAAUCAUGCUUCAUGCGCUGUUUGACUAAUAAUACAGUAUCACAGAAGCAGGCAAUAAUAACUGUAAAAAUAACUGUAACAUUUCGCCUUUAUUCAUCUACAGCGAGCCAACGCCACCAUGAGAUGUCAGCAGACUCUGGUAAAGGAUUCUGAUAGUUUUUAAAAUAGCUUGUGUUAAUGACUACAACAGUUUGUCAUAUUCAUAAGCAAGUGAUUUCUUCAAUCUAUUGCCAUCUUAGAAGCUAUAUUGAAUCCUUAUACAUGUCUGAUGAAAUCUCAAUGAUUAUUUGAUGGUAAAUUAAUAAUUCUAGCUGAUUCGAUGAGCUAAAUUUGUUUGUAACAAGGCUUUUUUCCCUCCCACAAUCCUUGCUUCAUUACAGCAAUUCGCUGCUUCGCGGCUUUGACGUACUAUACUUUGCCAAGACUAAAGCCUCAACAUUUUUAAGGCAGAGAAGACUUCUGAUACUCACAAGAGGAAAUAAUGUUCAAAAUGCCAUGUUGUGGUUUAUUUUAUCUAUAUUGUUUGUAUGGAUAUAUUCUUAUGUUUUUAUUUCUUUUAAAUACCUACACCUCUGUGUUUCAAGCAGUAUCUUAUACCCAGCAGCAUGUCAGAAAACAUCAGCUGUACGAUCAAAAGAGCAGCAAAUUCAACCAUCUUUAAUUUAACCAAAGAAAAAACAGCUUUAGUUUUCCUACAGUUUAUACACUAUCAUAAGACUUCGACCUUGUCUAAAAAUUUAACAAAUUCCAAAUCCACAUCUAAAAACUGUGUAAAUGUAUUGGGUGUUUCCACACAAAAUUUCAAAACUUUUCCAUGACGUUUUAAGAACCCAUAAAAGAUAUUCUCGCCCCACUUGCUCAGUGUUGUUUUCAAACAUCAGAGUCAAACUAUUAAAAACAUAACUUCAUCGAACUGGCUGACGUGAAGAAAGAGAAAGAGCGCAGGGAGAAAAUGAAGAUAUGUACAUAAUGGUAAACAAAACGUCAUGCAUACAUGCAUAUUAGAGCAACAUUAAGUCAACACCUAUAGAAAUUAAAUUUGCCAUUACGUUACCUUACUUAGAAGGUUAUCAAGUGAAGAUUACUGAAACAAUUUCAUACGAAAAAAAAAUUCACAUUUUCUCUAAAACUUUACAGACGUCCAUGACUUUACCAGACCUGGAAAAGGUGAUUGUGAAAUUCUGUGACAAUUCCAGGUUUUCUAUGAAUGCGGGAACCCUGAAUACAACUCUUUUAGUCUAGUAUAACCUUAAAUGUUUCAGAACAUUUUAUACGUAAUGAAAUAUUUUCCCAUUACGAAUCUGACACACUGCAGCCCUGUUUUUAGAUUUAUCAUUGGAGUGAUAUUCAUUUCUUGCUGUUUGCUCCACAAACUUGAAGGCAUGUUGUUUUUGUCCUUUAUUCCAUUUAUCAGCCCUAAUGCCCGUUUUUGUCACAUCGUGGGAACAACUUGAUUUUAAUCAAGCGCAAGUUUUGAUUUGUCGCCGUCUUCAGCUCAAGCUUAUGUUGCACACCUCUGAUCAACAUGACAUUGGUCCCAAACACCUCCUGGUUGUAUGUACUCUGUGUCUUCCAUGUACAGCAAUGUGACUUACCCUUACAACACCCAGCGAGGUAGAUGUGAUACCAAUGUAAGCAAUACCGGAUGUAUGUGUUAAUAAAGCUCUGGUAAUAGCAGCUGGUGCUGGAUGCUAACUUCAUGCUAACCUCGUCACAAUGCGAUGGUUUGCUGGGAAACCUGGGGUCCUGGCAUUCAUGUGGAUUCCACCUGACGUGCUCCAUCCCACCACACACCGUUGCAGAUCGAGUACACCGUCCUCAUGGCAACAACACUCCCCAAUGGCAGUAGCCUCCCAGCAUGCCACACUGCAAAAAGUGCUCUGGAAUGGACCAAGGAAGAUGAUCAGAAGAUCAGUUUAAUUCACUUCACCUGGUGGUUUCAGUGGUUUUACUGUUUUGGCUGUUUGGUGCACAUGCCGCUACAACUGUUAAAUGUAAUCUCUGCACUGUUCUUACGCACUUACAACCUGACAUGCAGCUUGUACAACUCUUGCCUUUAGAAAAAUUAAAGUUAUUUUUAACACCAAAACCCCCUUUUCUUAAAAAGGUGAGAAGGAUUUGUGAGUUUAACCCUUGAAACCUGGCACAUCAUUACUUUAUGCUGAUUUCAGAUUCCUUUCACGAGUAUUU